AUGGCUGAUCGAUCAAGAGGUCCUGCAUUUGCAUUGUUUGUAUCGGUUUUGAUGGUCGUUACCGGAUCACUCAAUACAAUUUGUGCCAAAUGGGCUGAUAGCCUGAAGCCUCCAGGAGAAAGCGUCAAAUUUAAUCAUCCAUUUUUGCAGGCAACAUGUAUGUUCUUUGGCGAAUUCCUUUGCUUGGUUGUGUUCUUUCUGAUCUACGCAUUUCAACGAUACCAAUGGAAUCGCACAAAUAUUACAGGCGAACACGGAGCAAUCACGGAUCUAUCAGAAGAACCAACUCUUCCCCAAUUCAAUCCCUCUCGUUUUUCUUCCACCUGCUUGUUG